GUCCGGUUCCAUUCCAAGACGUCAGGGGAGACACAGGGCGCGGGUGAGCUCGAAGGCAUGGCAACGGCCCUCUCCACGGCCCGGCCGAGAGCUAUCAACCCCUUCCAUCCCCCUCUCACGGAGCCCCUUCUACCCUUUCCCAGCCCCAAGCGUCCCUUCCCCACAUCGAGAGCUUCGCACGCGAGCGGAAGGCUUCGAGGCGGAGGGAAUCCCCCUCUCGUUCCGGUGAUCAGAGCUCAGAACACCCCAGAUUACAUUCCGGAUUCGAAGUUCUACAAAGUAGAAGCGAUUCUGAGGCCAUGGCGAGUCCCGCAUGUUUCAUCGGGCUUGCUGAAAAUGGGUAUUCGUGGGGUGACGGUUUCUGAUGUUCGAGGCUUUGGGGCGCAGGGCGGCUCGACUGAGAGGCAUGGUGGAUCUGAAUUUUCAGAAGACAAAUUUGUAACUAAAGUUAAAAUGGAGAUAGUGGUAUGCAAGGACCAGGUUGAAGCUGUAAUUGAGAAAAUAAUUGAGGAAGCAAGAACUGGAGAAAUUGGUGAUGGAAAGAUUUUCUUGGUGCCUGUUUCGGAUGUUAUAAGAGUUCGCACAGAUGCUAGAAAAAAGCUUAUCCUGUGGUCCCAUCUAACAUCAGUGUUGAUAGAAUCUAGCUCAUGGGCGAGCGUGGAGAGAAGGCUGAGAGGAUGACUGGUGGACUGGCUGAUAUGAUUUCUGCAGCAUCUAGUUAAGUAGACAUUUGCUUGUUGUACAAUCAGAUUUGUUCUGCAUUAUGUAUCCCAAAAUAUACUUCUGUCAUAGCUUGUAAUUUUAUACCAUGCAGCAACUUGUAUGCAUAACAAAAUAAACUAUGCAACCUGUUGGUAGAUUGCUGUCUCUACACCUACCACGUGCAUACACAGUUGCAGACAGAGAAACACCCUGAUAUUCUAAUUAAUAAUAGUUUUAUGAAUCUUGAUGUAA